UCCUUUCAAUCUAGUUUCAUUCACUUCUGAACUUGCUUGACCUUCUAAGUCCUUGGACUGCAGUAGUAAUGGACAUUCUUCAUUUCUUGUUUGGAAUUUUUGGGAAUGCCACUGGUUUGUUUCUCUUCCUGUCUCCAACAAUAACAUUUCGUAGGAUCAUAAAGAGCAGAUCAACAGAGCAGUUCUCGGGUGUUCCUUACGUCAUGACCCUCCUCAACUGUCUCCUCUCUACGUGGUAUGGACUUCCGUUUGUUUCCCCACACAAUAUCCUAGUCAGCGUAAUCAACGGUGCUGGAAGCGCAAUCGAGUCAGUCUACGUGAUGAUCUUCCUGAUAUUCGCCUCAAAGAAGGAGAAGGUCAGGGUGAUGGGACUCCUCUUUUUAGUUCUGACCAUCUUCUCGGUCGUGGUCUUGGUUUCACUCUUUGCCCUGCAUGGCAACGCCAGGAAGCUCUUCAGUGGCUUUGCUGCUUCCAUCUUCUCCAUUAUAAUGUACGCCUCACCUCUAUCAGUCAUGAGAUUGGUCAUCAAGACAAAGAGCGUUGAGUUCAUGCCGUUCUUCUUGUCGCUGUUCGUGUUCCUGUGCGGGACGUCCUGGUUCAUCUACGGUCUUCUCGGCCGAGACCCGUUCCUCUUUGUUCCGAAUGCGUUUGGAUGCGUAUUGGGGACAAUGCAGCUGAUACUGUAUGCGAUUUACAGGAAGAAUGAAGGUGGAGCCGACACAGCAACCAAAGGUGGAGAUUUCAUCGAGAUGGGACUUGGUAAGCCGCAACAUGAAGAGAUGCAACGGUCGAGGUACAAUCUUGCAAAUCAUGAGGAGCGUCCUCGUGUUUAGACAGGUGGACGGAGGAAGUUUAACCUACGUCACCCUAUGACCUAUCUAUCAUCUGGUUGCCUCUUGAGGAUUUAGAUCAGUAAAAUAAGGGGAAUACUAGUAAACAACUCGUUUAUGCAAAUCUUGUAUUGCGAAGCAUCCAAGAGUUGCAUAAAUUCGUUUCCCAAAGGAGUUUUUGUAAUUUUUUUUUUCUUUUUGUUUUCUCUUUGAUCUGCGAAAUCAUGGAAUGCACAUCUCAAAAUUCAAACGCUAA